AGUCUAAAGACACAGUAUAUGAAGCUUUGAUCCUCUGGAGUUGAAUUUCGCAGUGUGUGUGAGAUUGAGAAAGGAUGGCAAUGAGUAAGGGAAAUGGAGGGAAUGGUGAUUUGGUUAUGGACUUCAUCUUCUCUUGGUCUCUUGAUGAUAUAUUUAAUGGAGAUCUCUUCAAGGGAAAGACAGGUUGUGAAGAAUCCUUUAACUUUUGAAUCUAUGAAGAGUUAUCUGAAUUCAUAUACUUUUCCUAUGCUUGAGGAAGUACGUGCUGAUGUUGCUUCUUGUCUUGAAGCCAUUGGAAAAGCUCCAUUUACUAAUAUUGUGGAAAUUAACAAGAUCGGUCCAAAGAAGCAACUGUUAUAUCAUAUUAAAAUUGGUAGGCAAAAUGCUUCAGUUGCUGGUAAGAAUGAAAUAUACAUACCAAAGAGAGGAGAUAUAUUUGUCUUAACUGAUACAAGACCAAAGUUGGUUUCUGAUUUAAUACAGAAUGGAAGAUCAUAUAGAAUUGCUAUUGUUUCUAAGGGCGGUGAUGAUGAUGAUGAGAUGCCACCUUAUAUGUAUAAAAUCUCAUUGUCUAAAUGCUUAGACAAUGAUCAGUUUUGUGAUAUUGGCAACAGUAAAACCCCUUUGUUUGCUGUUUACUUGCUGAAUAUUGCAACAUCAAGUCGUAUAUGGAAAGCAAUUGACUUUGAAUUGGCUACUAAAAGAAAUUUGCUACUUGUUAAAGAGAUCAUCAACACUAAAUCAUUGAUUUUCAAAGACAGGAAAGUGCCACAAUCCGAUGUAGUUUGCAAUAUAAAAAAGAAGUUGCUUGCUUUUAAUCUUAAUGAAUCUCAAAACAAUGCGGUACUAAGUUGUGUGUCGGCGGCUCAAUGUAAUGAUAAUUGUUCUAUUGAUCUAAUUUGGGGGCCACCGGGAACUGGAAAGACGAAAACAACUGGUGCUCUGCUCUGUUUAUUGAAAGAAAUGAAAUGCAGAACACUUAUUUGUGCGCCGACAAAUACUGCUGUGAUGGAAGUCGCUUCGCGGUAUAUGAAGUUGUUAAAAGAGAAUGCUGCAGGAGAGGGUACUCUUCUACUUGGAGAUGUGUUGCUAUUUGGGAAUAAAGAUCGGAUGAACGUCGAUGAUAAUCUUUGUGAUGUGUUCUUGGAUAAUCGUGUGAAAAAACUCAUACCGUGGUUUGCACAAAAAACCGGUUGGAGGUAUUGCCUGGCUUCAAUGGUGGAGUUCUUUCUAAACUGUCUCAAAUUGUAUCAGGACCAUGUCGGAAAGGAAUUGAUGACUCUUGAAGACUUUGUGAGAAGAAAAUUUUUGGAGAAUUCAAGGAGUCUGAGUCAGUGUCUUACAACAUUAAGAACUCAUUUGCCAAGUGCUUCUGUUGCUGAAGAAAGCUCUAGAGAUAUUGUUUUGCUUCUUGAUUUACUACAAGAAUUCAAUUGCCUCCUUCGAAAAAAUUUUACUUCCAGUGAUCUGGUGGAAGUCUUUAGGUCUAACAGUGGACUAAACAGUAAUUCUAAAACUUCGGAGCUGCGAAAGAGCAAAGAAAGAUGUCUUCAAGUAUUGUAUAGACUUCAGUCAGGAUUGAAACUUCCUCCAACCAGUUCAAAAAGAGGUAUUGGAGAUUUUUGCAUGCAAAAAGCAUCACUUAUGUUCACUACAGCAUCGUCUUCUUCAAAAUUGUACAAUAUGAAGGAGAUGAAACCUCUUGAUGUGUUGGUCAUUGAUGAGGCUGCACAGUUAAAAGAGUGUGAAACACUGAUUCCUUUACAGCUAUCUGUAGUUCGCCACACGAUUCUCAUCGGUGAUGAAUGUCAGUUGCCUGCAAUGGUGAAGAGCAAGGCCUCAGAGAAUGCACUGUUUGGAAGAAGUCUGUUUGAGAGGCUAAGUUCACUGGGAUACAAGAAGCAACUUCUAAACGUACAGUACAGGAUGCACCCUUCAAUAAGCCGAUUCCCAAACGCUAGCUUUUAUAAUAAUCAAAUUUCAGAUGGUCCGAAUGUUGUUGACAAGAAGCACACUCGAUGUUUUCUUCCCGGCAGCAUGUUCGGUCCAUAUUCAUUUAUUAAUAUUGAAUUCGGAAAUGAGGUUGCUGAUAAUUUGGCACAUAGCAAGAAAAAUUUGGUUGAAGUAGCAGUUAUUUCAGACAUAAUCAGCAGACUUUCCAGUGAAUGUGUGAGGACUACGCAAAGAGUUAGUGUUGGUAUCAUCUGUCCAUACACUGCACAAGUUUCGGCAAUUCAAGAGAAACUUGGCAAAGUAUAUAAUGGGCAUAGAUUUUUUUCAGUCAGAGUUAAUUCUGUUGACGGAUUUCAAGGUAGUGAGGAAGACAUCAUAAUAUUUUCUGCUGUGAGGUCGAAUUCUUCUGGAACAGUUGGAUUUCUGUACAAUCAUCAACGAACAAAUGUCGCAUUGACCAGAGCAAGGCAUUGUCUUUGGGUUUUAGGAAAUGCACCAACAUUAUCUAGCAGUGGUACUAUCUGGAGUAAAUUAGUUCGUGAUGCAAAAUAUCGAGGUUGCUUCUUUGAUGGAAAGGAUGAUAAGAGCAUCAUGAAUGUCAUGAUGAAACACUGCAAUGGCUUUAGUCAAAUAAAUGAUCAGAUUUAUGACAUGAAUUCCUUGGAUAUCAGUAAAACACAAGAGAAGAAAACUGGAGAAAUAAAUGUACUUUCAAAUCAGUUCUUGCAGCUCAGUGUGGAUAAUACUUCUGAAGCUCCAAAAUGUGAUUCGAGGAAAAUCAAAACUUCUGAAGGGAAAAGGAUGGAGAACAACACAAAAAUGGAGGAUAAAAGAAAAUGGCAAACUACGGAGAACCAUGUUUCUGAAGUGAUGUAUCAACCGAAGUAUCAUCCUUCCACAAGCAAAUCUGAAGUUCAUGUGCCAAUUUAUAUUUCAAAUGUUGCACCAUGCUCAACCACAAGAGUAGAAACAACUCCAAAAGAAAAGAAUGUAGUGAAACAUGAGAAGUUAAGCAAUUUGAGUUCUAAAGUUGUGCAUCAUUCUGAACAUCCACAACUAAUCAAAUCUGAAGGAUAUAUGCAAACUGGUACUUUACGAAAUUGGAGUAAUCAAAAUAAUGAUGCAUCAAGCUCAACCAUAAAGAUGACAACAGCACCAAAACCAAAACAGGUGAAUGAAGAGAAAAAAGAGCCAAGUUAUAUAAGUGAUACCAUCCUCGCUUCAGUUGCUGUUGCAGUCAUUGGUUCAGCUGCUUCUCGGAUAUUUCGCUGGUUUAAUCAAAGUUAAAAAUGAUUUCUAGGUUUAAUCUACUAUAAUUAGAUAAAAUAUACACCUCCCAUAUUCAGGCCAUUAUCUGUCAUCUGAUCAAAGCCUGAAAGCUUGGACAUUGUCUUAUGAACAUCUGGCACUUGUGCACCUAAAUCACUAGAUGAGAAGACUAAAUGUUAUAGUGAUUAUAAAUGAACCUUUAAUUAUAGUGAAUGCACUGAAUGGUAAUGUUUAUAUUCAUGAAGAA